UCAGCAGGAAUAAAGCAGGUGGCCUAAUCCCCCGAUUUUGCUGCCCUUUCUUGCCCCCGUUCCGCGCGUCUCGAGUCCGAGUCCCGAAACCUCUUCAUCGAGCUCUCCCGCCAUUUCCGCAGUCGAUAUAAUGUUCAAGCGAUCGUUCCGGUCCCGCGACGCUGCCCCCUCCCAGCGGGAGGUCACGGCGGCGCCAAUGGACUCGCAACACCGCGUGGACAAGUCUGCGAGGCUGAUGAAGAAGGGCACGGGCUCCGUGCGGGACCCCCAGAAGCUGUCGAAACUGCAACGGUCGCUCACGGGCGAGGAGGCCUCGCGCAUGCAACAGCAGGCGAGGCUGAGUGACAAGGCCCUCGCCCCUGCGCCCAUCGUCACCCUGACGGUCGGCGCCGAAGGGCGACUGUUUGCAGCGCACGAGGACGUGCUGUGCCAGGCCCCCUUUUUCGAGAGGAUCCUGCACGGCAACUACUUCGAGGCGCAGAGCAAGAGGAUCGCGCUCCCGGAAGAGGAGCCAGAGGUUUUCAGCGCUGUUCUCGAGUACCUCUACAAGGGUGACUACUACCCCCGCUUGCUGCACAACAAGCACCGGAACUCUUGGGAACUCGAGGACGCGCUCCCCCGUCGGGCCACUGCCCAGUCCUCCCCGACGAUCCACGACUCCCCCAAAAUGGGAGGCGGCCGCGCAGGCCAGAGCCCCCAGACAAGUUCGGCUGUCGAGGCGACCGUGUAUCUCUCCAGCGUAGACCAGCAUCUACUCCGCGACACAGUCAUCUACUGUGCCGCGGACCGCUACGGGCUGGAGGAGCUGAAGCGUCUGGCGCUGCGGAAGCAAGGGUUGCAGUCCGGCAUUGAUGUCGGCACGAUCCUCCGCAGUGCCCAGUACUGCUACGCGCACACCCCCGACUCGGACAGCCGCCUGCGCGCCCAUUACCUGGCACUCAUCAUAAGGUGCCGCAAGACCUUCAAGCGGAGCGGCACCAUGCAGGCCGAGAUGGAGAAGAGCGGCGCCGGCGUGUACGGCGAGGCCGGCGGGAAGCUGUUCUUCGACCUGUUCGUCGCCAUGUGCAACCACCUCGACGAUGUUAUUGAGGCGAGCAACGCCCGCACGCCCAAGACCAUCUGACGGGCUCCGUCCGGUGCCUCGGCACCGGUUGGUCUGCCACUAGAACGCACGAGCGGGUUUCUGGUGUUCUAUAGGCGCAUGUUGGGAUCGCUAUGGGCCUGAUUUAAAUUUUGGAUUUGCGGAUACGACGGGGUUCCCGAGUUCUUGCUUGCUGUCUUCCAUGCUUUCUUCGUUCGUUGGGGUCCUGGGUUCUUUUUCUCGUU